CGGAGUUGGCAACACUGCUGUCUGUCGUCUGUCGAGUCGAUUACGAUAUAUGCUGAGAAUCUUUUUAGUUAGAUACAUUCUUCUUUAUAAAUGACAAAGAUAGGUAGUGUAUUUUCAAACAAAUAGCUAUUUAGAUUUCAAAAAAUUUAAUAAGACAAAGUUGAAAUUGGUGGUGAUUGUGGUGCAAAAUGCCUGGAAUAGCGACUAUGUCCCUUGACAACAUGUUCUGUACUCGCUGCAGCGAGGGGUUUGAGCCCAACGAGAAGAUUGUCAACUCCAAUGGUGAACUUUGGCAUACAAACUGUUUUGUUUGCGCCCAAUGCUUCCGUGUUUUCCCUGAUGGCGUGUUUUACGAGUUUGAAGGCCGCAAGUACUGUGAGCGCGACUUUCAAGUGCUGUUUGCGCCAUGCUGUGGGAAAUGUGGCGAGUUCAUCAUCGGUCGCGUUAUAAAGGCCAUGAAUGCCAACUGGCAUCCAGCCUGCUUCCGCUGCGAGGAAUGCAGCGUGGAGCUGGCCGACGCUGGGUUCAUCAAGCACGCGGGCCGCGCUCUGUGCCACGCCUGCAACGCUCGCAUCAAGGCGGACGGGCUUCAGAACUAUAUGUGCCAUAAAUGCCACGGUGUUAUCGACGGCGAGCCGCUGCGGUACCGCGGCGAGGUGUACCACGGGUACCACUUCACGUGCGCCACCUGCGGCGUGGAGCUCGACCACACUGCGCGAGAGGUGAAGCAUCGCUCCGGGUACGCCGCUAACGAUGUCAACAAACUCUUCUGCUUGCGCUGCCAUGACAAGAUGGGUAUUCCGAUUUGUGGAGCUUGCCGGCGCCCUAUAGAAGAGAGAAUCGUCACUGCCCUUGGGAAACAUUGGCAUGUGGAGCAUUUCGUGUGCGCCAAAUGCGAGAAACCAUUCCAUGGUCACCGUCACUACGAGAGGAAGGGUCUGGCGUACUGCGAGCAACAUUACCACCAGUUGUUCGGCAAUCUCUGUUAUGUCUGCAAUCAAGUUAUCGCCGGGGACGUGUUCACGGCGCUGAACAAGGCGUGGUGUGUCCACCAUUUCGCGUGUGCCGUGUGCGACGCGCCGCUCAGCACCAAGAGCAAGUUCUACGAGUACGACGAGAGGCCCGCCUGCCGCCGCUGCUACGAGAGGUUCCCGCAGGAGCUACGCCGUAGGCUGAGGCGGGCGCACCACUAUACGGUGCGACGAUAGAACGUCUACGAAACCCAUAGAUUGACAGCGCCGCGCAUUCGAUAACGGAAUUUUCAAAACAAAUUAACUGUGUAAUUCUAGUAUAUUUUAAAGUAAAUCACUGCUGGAAUUUUUUUUAAUUCUAUCUCAAAAAUAAUUUAGUAAUGUUCUCUGAGAUACCUAAUAUUUAAUAAUCAAUUAAUUAUUUAUUAAGAGUUGUACUAGUUGAUCUGGUUUAGGAAAUUGUAA